UAAAUCGAACUAACCUACCUGCACCACAAAUGACGUCUCUACUCGGAGUCUGUUAUUUCUCAUUUUCUCAUCGUUUUAUGAAAUCGAAUAAUUGAGUCAAUGGAUUUUGAUUCUGUUUCGAGAUCUCUGCCGCCCCUGGUCGAGGGUAAAAUUCACGGAUAUUUAAAACUUGUCAUCAGUGAAUUGAUUUGGCAUCGGACAAGACCUGGGGAUGUUACUGUUAUCGCUUCCUGGUGGGGUGAGACAGACAGUGCUCAUUUUCGACCAAUGGACCCCACAAUGGACAGCACUCGCACCGUCUCCGAGACCAUCGAAACCUACGCCAUAAAAACUAAUUUCGAUUUAUUCGAAGAAUACCUGACAAAUUGUGGAACUGUAGACCUCAUAAUAAUCUCAGAGCCCCUGAACGAGAUCGUUGGAACAGCACAAAUAUCUGACCUGCAGGAAAUAUUCAGAGGUAAACCUUACAUCCAAUACUGCAGUAUAAUUAAUAGAGUUGGAACAAAAAUAGGAGAUAUUCCAGUGAAUCUGACGUUAUCGAAGGCCCAAAGAACUCCUAGAAAAAUCAAACAAAGAAAACCCCAGCUUCCAUCCUUUCCCGACGAUCUGUCGGAGUACAACCUGGAUUUCGCCCUGAGAAAAACCCUCACUCACCACAAUACCCCACCAACUGAGGAAAAACCGUUCCACAAACCUGAAGACAACAUCUACCGAUCGAUACUCAAAGACAAACGAUUCACCACCAAUAGAGGAAUCGAAAAAUCAAAUCCCAAAGUGACAGAUAAAUUAGUGGCACAAGUAGUUGCAAGAGCCCAGAAACUGCGUGGGGUGCUGAUGAGGGAAACUAGAGAAGAGGACUCAUUAGAAGUGGAUGGAAAUUCCACCGAGAGUUACCGAUCCUCGGGGGCUCUCCAGGAUCCUGAUACAGCCCUCUACAACUACUUCAUAGGCUCGACCAUGACCCAGAAGGACGAAAAAAGUGCAUUGGAGAAAUUACGAUCGACAUCACCAACUCCCAGCCUCAUAGACUUCGCUGCCGAGACGAUAAGCUCCUGCAGAGAGGAUAAAAUCUCCAACCGGCUGCCCUAUUCCCGAGGAAAUACAGAGGACUUAUCCUCAAAUGUACUGGACGAAGAGGAAGAAUCGAAUCGUCUGGUGGUGCAACAGAAAGAGGCAACGCCCAUGGAUUACGUGGACAGUCUACGAAUAGCAGUGGAUUCCCUAUCACUGACACCAGCUGGCUACAGAAGAGUAAAGUCCUCCUGCCUGACUCGAGGAGAUGGGGCCCCCACGUCAGUAACUUACUUUGUCCAGUACGAUGCAGCAUUCGCAAACGUCAAAAAAUACAAUAAGAAGGUCAUCAACGAGAGCAAAAAACCAGUGAAGAUAUCGUCGAGGAGACAAGAGGGACAGGUCAUUCAUUUCCACCACGAGGCAGUCUACAAUCUUCCGCGAUCACAUCUCCAUCUUCAAAUGAACAUGCCCUUGAAAUUCAAGAUCUUCAAUCGUCACCUGGAGCAGAGAACACCCACCGAGCUUGGGGUGGGCUGUGUCUACAUCAGAGAAGCUGCCAAAUCUCCUCACCUAAGCUCCACACAAAAGCUCGCCAUCGUCAAGAAAGGAAUAAAGAUUGGGGAGCUGAAGGUGACAAUUGAGCUAGGAUGUGAUAAGAUUCAUUUUGGGAGACAAUUCAUCGAAGCUGUCACGAUGGCAAAGGAGAAUAUCCCAGUCCUUGAGCUAUCUCGUGACAGUGCAAAUAAUUUAAGUCGAUACAAGUGUAUGACUGGGAAUGAAUCCAAAACCAGUGGUAAUAACACUGGAGUGACAUCAGUUCCUGAUCACAGAUCGUGUCCUUCCAGGCACGAGGGAAGCGAGAGAAAUUCUCAGAAGUCAUCGAGGAGGAUAGAACCCCCCAAGAGGACUGAGGAGAAAAUAAAAACGCGGACUCCUUGGAUACCAGAGGAGAAAAUUCUUCUUCACGGGUUAAUUCACAUAAUUGAGGGAAGAAAUUUGCCACGAAUGGACACUUACAUCGUCUGCAGGGCCCUGUGGAAGCAGGACAAGUCCUCCAGCCGAGUCUGCGCUAAUACAACGAAUCCUCAUUACAAUUUCCACCAGAUAAUGUCACUCAUGUAUGGGUUGGAACUCCUGGAGAGAACGAAAGACAACUGCAUAAUCACUGAGGUCUACUCUAAAAAUCAGACAGACGAAGAUAGUCUCAUUGGAAUAUCAAAAUUAUCAGUUCACCAGCUGUACCUGGCCUUCAGGGAUCCCCUGGGUCUUCAAAAUUUAUUGAAAUCCACGUACCCAGUGAUAAGUGUCGAUGAUUGGGUUCCAAUCGUAGAUCCAGUCACUGGAAAACUCUGUGGGGAGCUCUCAGCUCUUGUGGCUCUUGGCACUGCUGAUCAGAUUGCUCUUCUGGAAAUGACGAGGGGUCUCCAAGGUGGAUAUUCCCCAGGGGAUUCCCCAAGAAGUAAAAACCUGCAGGCUGCCUCAAGGGUCUCCAGUGUUCGAACUCAGGAGUGUCAGACUGAAAUAUCCACAGUCUCAGAGGUAAAACUCACAGAUUCACGACUGAAUAUAGAGGAAUGCCGAGAGGAGACAGUGCUGCACACUAUUGUGGAUAAACUAGCUCAGGCUCUGGCAGCCCCCAGGAUAAUCACUAAUCAGGAAGCCCAGACUGAGUUUCAAAUUCCCACUAGGGAGUCUGAUCAUCACAAGGUGGAGAUCAACUCCAAUCCCCAGGUGCUGAGCUCGAAUCCAUCGAAUAGCAACAGUUUCUCAGGGGAGAGUUUCGAGUGUCCACGAGAUACUUUCGGGACAUCAAGGGAAAUUUACAGGAGUGUGGGUGUGGGAGCUGAGUUUAAUGAGCCUGCAGGUCAGAAUAAUCAAACGAUAAAUAUCGAUGACUAUAAUUCGACUGCAGCGUCGGUUGACAAGAGGUUGGAAAAGCCCAGUUCGUCGAAGAAUGAGAAUCCUCCCCUGCUGAUGAGACACGAGGAUCCAGACGAGGACUCUGAGGAUGAGGAGGGGUUUAGGGCGAUUAUUGAGGUGGAAUGUGCCCUACAUUUGCCAACAGUGGAGCUGUCAAGUGGACCAGUGGAGCCCAGCACUUACGUCACCUUCCAGAAGACUCCAGGGGGUCGAGAUGAGAGGACUGACGUCUGCCCCUACAGUUGCAAUCCUCGAUACGACUGGAGAUGCGACACAAAAUUGUCCACUGAUUUAUUGACGAACGAGAAGAUGAGACUUAUAAUGAAGGUGUGGAGAUUGCUGGAUGCUGAAGCCGAUGACGCGAUCAAUCCAGAUAAAGAUAUUGUAAUUGGAUUCUCAGCUGUUGAUCUGUCAGUUCUGACAGCUGGAUUUCCGGUGGUAUCCGGAUGGUUCCACAUCAAUGAUUUCUCUGGAAAAUCUAAUGGACAGUUGAAGGUCUCAGUGACACCCUUGGACAACAUCUCGUCGUUUUCCAGGGGUGGAGGGACUUGGAGAGGACAGACCCCACAGGAUCACUCGAAUAUUUCUUCACCUUAUCCAGCGGACCUGGAAAAAAUCGCUAUGGGGAAUAAUCCACCGACAGUCCCUGAAAUUCCAGUGGAAUGUCCCCAGAUUCCAGGUGAAGGGGCCCUUGAAAUCGCCCUGGGGCUCGGGGAUGCCUCCAUGUCGUUCCUGUCAUCUUCCCUGAAACAAAAAUUAACAGAAUUAGACGAGAUCAAGCAACGCCUGCAGUCUCGUCUGCUGAACGUCACUAGCACAGCAUUUGAAGACGAUUUCGAUAAUGAUUUCGAUUUCGAGGGGGAGAUUGACCACGAGGAUGACGACAGCAAUGGAAAUAAUUUGAACGUCGAGUCCACACCUAGGAUGCCCCAUCUUGUGAGUCAUGAGGGAUUGGAGAAUGGCUUAGGAGCCGUCAAUAAUGGAAUAACAAAUGGAAAUUGUGAGACUUUUGGGGAAAUUCAGAGCAAUAAAUAUCCACAGGGCGGCAGUGACAAUACAAACAGUCUAGAGGUGAAUUUAACGGACACUGGAUACUCCUCGACCUCCAACCUUCAUCAAACAGUCACUAAUGGUCACAGGAACGAAGUAUUAGACAUCUCGCAGAAUCCAGUGGCUAAUGGACAACACGAGGACCAGACGUUUCCAGCCAGAGGCACUCGAAUGCACAUAAGUCAUUUAUUGGAUAAACUCUCAAUGCAGCUGACAACAGCCCCUGCUCCCAUCACAAAUCUCCCGAUGAAGAGGAAUAUAAUGGACCUUAUCAGCAGCCUGAGAAGAAAUAACAACAAUUUUUCCAGUGACAUAAAGUGCAAUCGCCAGGCGAACGUUCGAACAGUUCCAACUCAGACUGACGUUAAUUUUACCAGUAAUGAUUCCGAAGUGAAGACCGAGACGAAGAGGAAUAAUUCGAGUGUCAGUAAUGAAGAGGAUUCCUUCCGAGAGGACGAGAUCCCAGCGAAGACCCAAAGGAGGGAGAAGGUGUCGACGAUUGUCAGAGAGGAAUUGAUGAAUGACGAUCAGAAUGAUUCAUCAGAGUACGAUGAACUAUCGACUCAUCUGAUGACGUCGAAUAUUCGACAUCUAGAUGCUGAUGACAUGUUGAAUCCUCUUCUGUACAGACAUGCACUACCAGAUAUUUCUGAUUUACCUGAAUUGUCAGAGGUCCAGGAAACUGGCCAGUCAUCCAGUCCCUCGGUAACACCUGAGGAUGACACACUUGAGAGACUGGACUCCAGGUACUCCGAGAGUUUUAGUGCAACGAUAAACAAGAGUCUUGGGAGAUUGAGCAAUUUUUUAGAUGGGGAAUCCACCUGUCGUGUUCCUCGAUUAUCUCCGAAUACUGAGAGCACUGAGUUGUUUCGCGUGACUCCCUCUGGGGUUCUUGAGAGUACCGAUGGAAAUAUCGAUGUAACUGUUAUUCAUAAACCUUGUAAUGAUGAACUGAUGGCCAGCAACAGCAUGGAAUCGACUACUAGUGACUCUGGGGAUAAUGCACUGCAAACUGGGACUGAGAUCGAUGAUAAUAGCUCGUUGAAUUCGGAGACUUCGGUAUCAGCGGUAUCGAGGCAAGCACCCGAUGGGGGAAAUACUGUGGAGGAUCCUGGGAGGCCCGUUUUGAUUAAGGGGACGCAGAGCUCGGAGGAUUCAUGUGGGAAUUAAAUUCAGAAGCAAAUCCAUCGAUUUAUUCAGUCAAUUAGUUAACUGCGAUAAAGACAUUUGACCUGCUCUCAAUUUUUCGUGGAUAUCUCGGGAAUGAAGAGAGAUACAGGAAUUUUCAUUACUACCUUUUUUGCAGAGCAAUCUGCGAAGUUGAAAGAAGGUUUAUAUGAAAGUUUCGGUAUCUUCAGUUAUUUAGGAGAUAUUCGUCAAUAAUUGGAAGAUUGCCAAAGGCACUUGUACUAGUUUAUUAAUUCACUGCGGAUUCCUUGAGUGAUUUAUCUCGGGAACUAUCGAUUUGAGGAGAAAAAAGCAAAAGAAUUUUUUUGAUCAAAGUUUAAUUGGCUACAAAAAAGUUCCCCAAGGUUUUCUCGUGAAAUCGAUAGUUUUCGGGGUAAAUCGAUUUUUGAGAUAAAAAAAAAUUGAAGAAUCGAAUUAUUUCACUUUAAUUCAUUUGUCUGACGAAUGUUAUUAUUUUUUGUAGGUCUUUUAGCAACAAUUUAUCCAUGAAAUACUAUCUAAUUACCUAGGGUAUACUCGAGGCAUUUACUAUUUCAAUAUUUUUUAUAUAAUCUUUCUGUAAAUAGAAAACAAUUUUUCUUAGUAUUAUGAGUAU